GUCUCCAGGGUUCCUGGACUUUCCGCUCUCCACGCCAGACAGGGAAGGAAAGUCAGCCCUGGGGGUAGAGGGCAGAGGUGGGGUCAAAGUUACUUCCCUGCCACCACCCCUGUCUGUCCCGGGAGCGGCAGUCACUACAGUGUGUGUGACUUUGUAGCAGUGGGGGAGAAGAGAGAAGGGAGGUGGAGGGGCUGCAGCUGGAGUGAGGACUGUGUCUGUGUGUGCAAGCCGGGACAACAGACGGCCUGGCACACUGAAGUCAGGUGCUGGGACCCAUGGGGCCUGCUGACUUAUGGGGACACCACUGGAUGGGAAUCCUGCUCUCAGCCUCGCUUUGGACCAUAUGGAGUCCUCCAGCUGCAGCCCAGAUCACCCUUGAUGCCAACUCACUUGAUGCCACCCAAAGUGAGGAUUUUGUUCUGUCUGUGUUUGGGACCCCCAGGACACCCCAGAUUCAUGGCAGAUCCAGAGAGCUGGCCAAGCCUACUAUUGCAGCCAGCCUGGGCACUGCCAUAGAGCAGAAGGAUAUGGUGAUCUUCUACUGUAACACCGAGGACGUCAACAUUACCAUCCACUGGGUUUCCAACAACCUCUCCGUCAUGUUCCAUGAGCGCAUGCAGCUGUCCAAGGAUGGCAAGAGCCUCACCAUCCUCAUUGUUCAGCGGGAAGACUCGGGGACUUACCAAUGUGAAGCUCGAGAUGCCCUUUUGCGCCAGAGCAGCGACCCCAUCUUCCUGGAUGUGAAGUAUGGUCCUGAUCCUGUUGAAAUCAAAUUGGAGUCUGGUGUUGCCAGUGGGGAGGUGGUUGAGGUGAUGGAGGGCUCCGACGUGACCUUCUUGGCAGAAACAAAGUCUCACCCACCCUCUGCCUAUACCUGGUUUCUCCUUGACUCCAUGCUGUCUCACACCACGAGCACAUUCACUAUCCGUGCUGUGUCCAGAGAACAUGAGGGCCUGUACAAGUGCUUGGUGUCCAACAGUGACACCCACCUGUCCCGCCUGGGUACUCUGAAGGUUCAAGUCCUUGAAAAAGUGACCACGCCAAAAGUCGUGCCUUCAAGCCUGAACCUUGUGGAGAACGCCAGGUCCGUGGACCUGACCUGCCAAACCGUCAAUGAGAAUGUGAAUGUCCGGUGGUUCCUGAGUGGCCAGCCCCUCCUGCCCAGUGAGCACCUGCAGCUGUCAGCUGGCAACAGGACCCUGGUCAUCCACGGCCUCCAGCGGAAUGACACGGGGCCCUAUGCCUGUGAGGUCUGGAACUGGGGCAGCUGGGCCUUGAGUGAGCCCCUUGAGCUUACCAUCAACUAUGGUCCUGACAAAGUGAACAUCACCAGGGAGUCGGCAUCGAAGAUGGUCAGCACCAUCGAGGCAGAGCUCAACUCCAGCCUGACCCUGCAGUGUUGGGCCGAGUCCAAGCCAGGCGCUGAGUAUCGCUGGACUCUUGAACACUCCACCAGGGAGCACCUGGGAGAGCAACUAAUCAUCAGGGCUCUGACCUGGGAACACAACGGGAUCUACAACUGCACAGCCUCCAACCCUCUCACCGGCCUGGCCCGCUCUGCUUCCGUCCUGGUCAAGGUGGUAGGUCCCCAGUCCUCCUCCCUGUCCUCAGGGGCCAUCGCUGGUAUUGUCAUCGGGAUCCUGGCUGUCAUUGCUGUGGCCUCAGAACUGGGCUAUUUUCUCUACAUCAGAAAUGCCAGACGGCCCUCAAGGAAAACAACAGAGGACCCCAGUCAUGAGACCUCACAACCCACUCUGAAGGAGGAGCACCCCACAGAGCCCAGUUCCGAAAGCCUGAGUCCUGAGUAUUGCAACAUAUACCAGCUUCAGGGACGGAUCAGAGUCGAAAAGAUGCAACCACCAGACCUUCCAGAGGAGACCUAUGAGACAAAGCUGCCUUCAGCAAGCCCUGGAGGCAAUUCUUUCAGCCCCUGGAAGCCACCACCCAAACCUCUGAUGCCCCCACUCUCCACUGUGCCAAAAAACACAGAGUCAAUCUAUGAGGUGUUGGUGAUGCAGCAGUGAUCAACAUCGAUACAAUUGCUUUUCCUUAUGGAAUUGACAUUGUAGUGGUGAAGGCAGACAGUAGACCAAAUAAAUACUUAAAAU